CUGCACCACCGCACGCAUUGCCCUAAGGAAUCGAUUUUUAGGGUUCUUGCUGGAAAUGGCGCUACGACACUGGCAUUGGGCAUUUGGAUGCGCUCUCGUUCUUCUGGUGGUAUCGAUUCAUGGCAGCAGGAGGCCAGAUCCCUCAGAAUCCGCGGCGUUCGCGAGAUGGCUCGUCGCCAGCGGCUUGUGGGGCGUUGUAAGCACAGUGUCGAUUCAUCUCAAGGGUGUUCCUUUCGGGAACAUUGUCUCUUUCAGCGAUGGCCCCGCGUUUAAUUCCACUGGCACUCCAUACUUCUACUUGACCGAGCUGGAUCCAACAGCGAGAGACUUGGCCGCGGACGAGCGCUGCUCGUUCACGAUCAGCGAGGCCUCGCUGGGAACUUGCGGCAAAGCGGACGCGGAGAGUCCAAUUUGCUCCAAGAUCACGCUCUCUGGAAAGAUGGUGAAACUGGUGAGCGAUGACGAGAAACGUUUCGCGGCCUCGGCUUUGUUCUCCAAGCACCAUGAAAUGCCCAAUUGGCCAAAGAGUCACAACUUCUAUUUCUACAAACUGGAAAUCUUAGACAUCUUUCUCAUCGAUUUCUUUGGUGGCCCAAAACCAUUGACGAUAGAAGACUAUUACGCGCAUGUUGUUCAUAAAUCCAAUGGUCGCAAUUAUCAAUGAAGAAAGAAAGGAAAAAGCUCGCGACCUAACCCUAA